UUGGCAGCAUCGCGUCUGAUUGAUUUAUUAUCAGAGGAGCAAGUCGAGGGAUCAGAAUCUGUUGUUUUGCUGAAAGUGCGGCUUAGGCAGCAGCAGCGGGCCUCAGAGCAAAGUGCCAUGAUGGAGGGAGGCAUGCAACUGCUGAAUCGUGAUGGUCACAGCAUCUCCCACAACUCCAAGCGCCACUACCACGACUCCUUCGUGUCCAUGAACAGGAUGCGGCAGCGCGGCCUCCUUUGUGACAUCGUGCUGCAUGUGGCCAACAAAGAGAUCAAGGCCCACAAGGUGGUGCUGGCUUCCUGCAGUCCCUACUUCCACGCCAUGUUUACAAAUGAGAUGUCGGAGAGCCGUCAGACCCACGUGACGCUGCAUGACAUUGAUCCUCAGGCACUGGAGCAGCUGGUGCAGUAUGCUUACACUGCUGAGAUAGUAGUUGGCGAAGGAAACGUGCAGACCUUGCUCCCAGCAGCCAGCCUCUUGCAGCUGAACGGAGUGAGAGAUGCCUGUUGCAAGUUCCUGCUGAGUCAGCUGGACCCUUCUAACUGUCUGGGCAUUCGUGGCUUUGCCGACACACACUCGUGCAGUGAUCUGCUCAAGUCUGCCCACAAAUACGUCCUGCAGCACUUUGUAGAGGUGUCCAAGACUGAGGAGUUCAUGCUGCUGCCACUCAAACAGGUGCUGGAUUUAAUCUCUAGUGAUAAUUUGAACGUUCCAUCAGAGGAAGAAGUGUACAGAGCCGUGUUAAGCUGGGUUAAACAUGACAUUGACGGUCGAAGGCAGCAUGUACCCAGACUAAUGAAGUGUGUUCGUCUGCCGCUGCUGACACGGGACUUCCUGAUGAGUAACGUGGAUACAGAACUGCUGGUGCGGCACCACUCUGAGUGUAAGGACCUGCUGAUCGAGGCACUGAAGUACCACCUGAUGCCCGAGCAAAGGGGUGUGCUGAGUAACAGCCGCACUCGCCCCCGCCGAUGUGAGGGUGCCAGCCCAGUGUUGUUUGCUGUGGGUGGUGGUAGUCUCUUUGCCAUCCAUGGGGAUUGUGAGGCUUAUGAUACGAGGACAGACCGCUGGCACAUGGUAGCAUCUAUGUCUACUCGGCGGGCCCGAGUCGGAGUUGCUGCUAUUGGUAACAAGCUUUAUGCUGUGGGCGGGUAUGACGGCACGUCUGACUUGGCUACAGUUGAGUCGUACGACCCCGUAACCAACGGCUGGCAGCCAGAAGUGUCUAUGGGUACCAGGAGGAGCUGUCUGGGUGUGGCGGUGCUUCAUGGCCUGCUUUAUGCAGCUGGAGGCUAUGAUGGUGCAUCCUGUCUCAACAGUGCAGAGAGGUACGACCCACUAACUGGCACCUGGACCUCUAUUGCUGCCAUGAGCACCAGGAGAAGAUAUGUCAGAGUGGCCACGUUAGAUGGUAGUCUGUAUGCAGUUGGCGGCUAUGACAGCUCUUCACACCUAGCUACAGUGGAGAAAUACGAUCCACAGGGUAAUACCUGGACUGCCAUAGCCAACAUGCUGAGCAGGAGGAGCAGUGCUGGUGUAGCGGUACUGGAGGGCAUGCUCUAUGUUGCUGGAGGAAACGAUGGAACCAGCUGCCUGAACUCAGUGGAGCGGUACAACCCAAAAACUAACACGUGGGAGGGAGUGGCCCCCAUGAAUAUUCGCAGGAGCACCCACGACCUGGUGGCCAUGGAUGGCUGGCUGUAUGCCGUCGGUGGCAACGACGGUAGCUCCAGCCUCAACUCCAUAGAGAAGUACAACCCACGCAGCAACAAAUGGGUGGCGGCGUCAUGCAUGUUCACACGCCGCAGCAGCGUCGGAGUGGCCGUCCUGGAGCUGCUUAACUUCCCUCCGCCCUCCUCGCCCACGCUUUCAGUCUCCUCCACCAGUCUUUGACAAAGGGUGAAGACCCGGCUGAGUUCCAGCGGCCUGCCCUGCGUGGCCAAGAGACGUAACUGCUCAGUGUAAGCUCCAUGGAGCGAGAAGCACGCCAUGGACUGUAGCGCCCCCUUACUGCUGGAGCAGCAUUCUGCAGGUACACAGAGUUAAAAUAAAGAACGAGGUUGUUGAAAUAGGAAAAGAAACCCUACAUAUGUCUUUUCUCACCCCUGUCCUUUGUACACCCAGUGCUUGAAUGGGCAGAGUGCUGCCACGUUACAGUAACUUGUAUAUGAUGUAUAUUAUAAUGAUAUUGAGCAAUUAUAGUAUUGCAAUAAUAUAUAUUUAAGAAAAUGAAAAAUUCAUUUCACUUAGGAAUGUAGUCAAUCUGCCAUGCAUGUUUACUGCAAUUUUGUCUUGGCAGAACUAAAACCCAGUAGUGCUGCUGUGCCACACUAGGUGGCAGUAAUGUGCAAUGCUACCCCAUUUCACCACUGUGCACGGAUGCACAGAGAGCUGAGCAGAGACACUUUAUAAAGCAUUUGCUGGUCAUUAAUGGUUAUGACACGUUGA